GCGGCUGAAGGAGUGAAGUUUUCCACCCCUCCCGUAGAGAUGCUCACAGCUGAACUCCAGUGGCAGCUUCAGUAACACACGUCCCCUUGGAGACUAGAGCAACACGUGAUGCGUCUACUUAUCACGUUCACUGAACAGCGCUCAGGAACACACUUUGAGGAAAAAGUGACUUUUCUGACCCUCAUUCGUCGGAAGUGUCGAUGGCCAUCAUUCCUUUAGGGAGCUAACACGGUGGGCGAUGUGAAGUAUCCAGUUGGCGAACUUUGCACAUCCUCAAAUACGCCAUUUUGAUCGCUCUCCGGAACAAGUUUGCAGUUUUUUUUUCUCGAAGUCCAUCAUCUCUUUUCACCAUCACCAUGUCUCGGCACAAUCAGCCCAACCCCGACAAAGUCAAGCUAUGAGCAGAGGUCACUUUCCCUCAUCCUGCGCCCGUGACCCUGUGGCUCCAUGACCCUGUGACGUGUUUAGCCCAGACCUUAAAAUGGAAAUGGAAAGUGCCUCCCCUGAGAAGACUGUCAGCAGUGCUGUUGGGGCUGCUGAUGUGAAUGAACAGUCUCAUUUGUCAGAAGAGGCUAUGAACAAUCAGUCCUCCACACAUAUACCAGAACCAGUUGAAGAAGCAGACUGUGAUGGAACGGACAAACCAGAACAUGGAGAUGAUGAUGAAGGUGGAGUUAGAACAGAGGAGGAGCUGUCCUCUAUCAACUCCAUGAUGAACACUGUGAUGAAUGUGGGCCAGAUCAAUGGAGUUGAUUCUGAGCCCACCAAAAUAUCUCCCAGAAAUUCAACCAAAUCCCCUUCUGUCAAUCGUACUGGGAGAAGAAAUCAGGAAGUCAAAGACGAACGCUCAAGCUUCAUUUGCCCCCUGUGUAACAAAAACUGCAUGACACAGCACCAGCUCACCAUGCAUAUCAGACAGCAUAACACAGAUAGUGGGGGAACUGACCACUCCUGCAGUAUCUGUGGGAAGGCUUUGAGCUCAGCCAGUUCUCUGGACCGCCACAUGCUGGUUCACAGUGGAGAGAGGCCACACAAGUGUGUGAUAUGUAAUCAGACUUUCACUACCAAUGGAAACAUGCACAGGCACAUGAAAAUUCAUGAAAAGGAUGCAAACACUGUUCCUACCCCUAGUUCUUCCCUACUAAAGCGCCGACGACUCCCUACUAAGAAGAAGCCCAGUGUAGAGGAUGAAGUGGAGCAGGCUGAGGAGCCGCCAGUUAAAAAGGUGAUGUUGGUGCAAAAGUCGGGAGAGGAUGAUUCUGUUAAGAGUGAAGAAGAGAUCCUUCACUGCCCCAUCUGCUUUAAGACAUUCAACUGUAAAUAUGAUCUGGAAACACACAUGGAGACACAUCCUGACACUACACUCGGGUGCAAUAUUUGUUGCAUUACCUUUCGCACACACCGGGGUCUUCUGCGUCAUAACACCGCCAUUCAUAAGCAGCUCCCUACUGACCCCUCUGGACAACCCUUUAUUCAGAAUAACCCUUCCAUCCCUCUGGGGUUUGGUGACUUGGCUUUCAUUGACUUCAGUUGUCAAAAAUUUCCCCAAAUUGCACAGGUCUGGUGUGAGACUAAUUUGCGCAGAUGCUCUAGCAAGUUCCAUAAAUUUGUUUGUGAAGUCUGCAACAAGGCCUUCCCUCUUCAGCAGUCUCUGGAUCUCCACAAAUCCUCACACAAAAGUAGCGCAGACACCAGCACUGAACCUCAGGAACAUAACGCAGAUGGUGUUAUGGAUGCACCCAAAGUUAACUCCCAUUCCACGGAUUCCAAGGAGGUCAAUGAACUAGUACCACAUGUUGAUAGUACCAUUUCAGAUGGAAAAAACGGUUUCUUGGAGUGCCUGGGUCUCCAACACUCCUCCUUGGUCAAACCAGAGAAAUCAGAAGAGCAAAUUCAGCAGGAAAUUUUAGACAGCAUUCGGUUCAUUCGCAUUGAGCCACCUUCAACUAAUCUACCUCACGAAAACAGCAACAAUCUCGGCGUCUCAAUUUUGGAACCCGUCUCUCUUCAAGCCAUGAACAAGAACGCCGCCCUUGGCCUCCUGUCGCUACAGCCGCUCCAUGUCAGUAGUGGUAUGUUUGUCCCAAUAAGUGGUCAAGCUGCGGUGGAGCUGGCAGACAUUGAAAAAAUCCUUAAGCUCACAGCCUCUGUGCCACCUCAGAUGUCUUUGUCUAUGCUUGCCAAAGGUCUGAGCAGUCCUCUACAGGUGGACCCCAAACAGAUUGCUUCUCUGAAGCAAAAGCCCUUAAUCACUCCUCGAUCCAGUAUGGGUGCCUCCACGCCCCCUCCUCCUGUCAUGAACGCCCAACAGGCCUCAUCGGGCAACAUCAGUCCUAGCCUUCCACCCCAAACAGGUCAACAAGUGAGAACUGCCAGACAAUCACCAGCCUCCUCUUCAUCCUCAACCUCGUCCUCUCCUACCAACUGGGAGCCUACUCAACUGGGGCCAGAUGUCAUAGGAAACAUGAUUAUCUCGUAUGAAACUGGAAAGCAAGAAGAGUUUGAUGGCAAGGAGAAGGAAUCAAGAGGCAAGAAGAUGGCCAAGACCGAGUACCCUUGUCGGUUCUGCAAGGAAGUUUUUUCCUUCUUAGGCGGCCUCCAGGCUCAUAUGCGUCACCAUCUGGGAGCGUCACCUUACCAGUGCACCAUUUGUAGCUACUCCGCUCCUGACAAAGCAACGCUGAUUCGACAUUUUAGAACGCACAGCGGCGAGCGGCCAUAUGUCUGCCGCCUCUGUCACUACCCUUUCACUGUAAAGGCUAACUGUGAGCGUCAUUUGCGCAAGAAACACAUGAAGAACACACGUAAAGACAUCGAGAAAAACAUUGAAUAUGUAACCACUUCCUCUAGUGUAAGUGGUGUAAUCGGAGGCUCCACACUAGACCUCCUUGAUACAGCUGGUGCCAGUAACACAUCUUGCCGAUUUUGUGGGGAUGACCUUAAAAACUACAGAGCACUUCAGAUUCACCUGCGAACACACAAUGGAUGUCAGCGGAAGCCAUUUGAGUGUAAGCAAUGUGGGGUGGCGUUUCUCGCUAAAAGGAACUGCAUUCACCAUUUGCUGAAGCACCACCCAGAUGUUCCAGAGCGGGAAAUUGAAGAACACAUCAAAAGUCUUGUACCUGUUGGAGGAGACACCACCGCUCAAGCCAACCCUCCAACCUCAAAUGGGCUGGUUAAAAGCACCGUUCCUCAGAAUGUAGGUCCCUACGCUGGACCUGUUGAGGACCAUGACCAGCCUUUGGAUUUCUCUAGCAAAUCUCAAAAAACGAUUGCUUCAAAUGUUAAACUUGAAGUAACAACAUCUCCUCUGUUUAACGACUGCUCUAUGGAGCCCAUUGAUCUCUCAAUACCUAAGGAUCCUGAGAAGAAGAGAAUGACAAAAGAACAACCUCAGAGCGUGUCCCUGAAUCAACAAGACAUCAAGAAAGAACAGACCCUGGAAACGACCCCUGGACUUCUCGCAGCUCUCCCAGUCUCCAUUUCUAGCCUGGCCUCUGCUCUAUCCAGUGACCUUACUAAGCCUUUUACUCGCUUGAAGCCAUUGCUACCAAAACCAUCUUCUGUUUCCAGUACUGAAAUGCCACCGCUGGCCUCCAUUGCUCAGAUCAUCUCGUCUGUGUCGGCUACUCCAGUGUUGAUCGAAACAGGAAUAGAUGGCAAACACAGUGUUAGUGCAAUGGAUUUUAAUACACUAAGUGAGAAGAAGGGCACUACCAAACUGGAUUCCAUUCAAAAUGGCUCUUCUGGUAACUCAAAGAAGAGAGGCAAGAAGAGACCGUUUCAGGAAGAGAUCUGUGAUCCGAGAACGCCAGCAGGUUGUGGCAUUGACUUGGAGUCAAGUGGAGAGUUUCCCAGUGUGGAGAAAAUGCUAGCUACCACAGACUCAAAUAAAUUCAGCCCCUACUUACAACCUAGUCAGAUGGAGCCAAUGAAGGAAGAGAAAGAGAAGCAGUCUGUCAAUGAGGAGGCAAAAGAGGGACGAAAGGAUAAGCCAAAGAAACCUUCACAGAACAAAGGAAAGAAGAACGCUUAUUCCAAUUCAGUGCAGAAAAUGACCUGCCCAUACUGUCCACGUCUAUUCCCUUGGGCCAGCUCAUUGCAAAGGCAUAUGCUAACACACACAGGUCAGAAGCCAUAUCCUUGUCCUCAGUGUGAGUCAUUCUUCUCCACAAAGUCAAACUGUGAGCGCCAUCUGCUCCGCAAACAUGGAAUAUCUAAUCGGACUCUUCAAAACAGUGGAUCUGAACCCAAACCUAAGGCUGACGAAGGAUCCCAAGGAAGUACUAGUACUAUUGAGAGUGUAUCUGACACUGAACCUCCUGUAACCAGAGAUAUUGUGGAUCUGAGCUCUGUCAACCCCAAACAAGAGGAGAAAGCUUCAUCUCCAGAACAAGCACCAGAACAAACAGAACAAUCAGCCGCUGAACAAACAGACAGCAUCUCAGACCCAAACCAAACACAGCUAGCAGAGGGAAGCCCUGAGGGAGUAGAAAAUAAUGAUGACUCUCAAAGCAAUAAUAGUCUUGAUAUGAAUCUCGCCAACAAGCUUGUAGACUUCAAGCUUUCUGGAACAGAGCAGCGCCAGCCUAAAUCAACUGCUGAACCGGUUUCUCCACCAGAUGAGUUCCCACACACCUGUGCAUCCUGCAAGAAGACCUUUCGCCAUGCAGCCACCCUCAGCCGACACCAGAAAACUCACAUUCAGGAGGUCCAGCCAGAGGAUGGAGGCAAAAAGGGAAGACGCCAACCUGCUCCUCAAAACCCAGUCACAGCGCCCAGAAAGGAGCUGGAGCUGGAGCUGGAGGCAAAGUUAGAAGAUGAUGAAAAGGACGAGAACAGCAGCUGUGUGGAAAGUGGUGCUGAUGAGGAGGAGAAGGAGAGGGAAGAGAUGAGUGAUGAUGAAGAAGAGGCUGCUUCCUUAGAGCUCAGGGCUUUGGAAGAGGAGGGCGACCCUGCUGGAGGCAAAACCGACAAGAGGAAGAAGAUCUGUGCUGUGUGCAGCAAACGCUUCUGGAGCCUGCAAGACUUGACCAGACACAUGCGCUCACAUACUGGUGAGCGGCCUUAUAAGUGCCAAACCUGUCACCGCACCUUCACCCUGAAGCACAGUCUGGUGAGGCAUCAACGCGUCCACCAGAAACCCACAGAUGAGGCAGAAAUAAAUGAAGAAAUGGAUGGAGCAAGAGAUAAUGGUGAAAUGCUGGAGGGAAAAGAGGUUAGGUGUUCAUCUGCAAGUCAAAGUGAAGCAACAGCUCCAAUCCAGAGUGAGAAUGAAUGUGAGAAAGCAGGAGCACCUCAAGAAGAAGAGAGUGAAGGACAUGUGGAGGAAAAUCAGCAUCCUGAAGAUUCAUCCAUGGAGAUGAAUUCUGCUGAAGAACCUCAGCCGGAUGGGGCUGAACAGGAGGACCAUCAAACAUCAGGCUGUGAUCCAGAACUUGCAAAAAUCAGUGUCCAUAGCUGUACAGCAGCUCAGGAAAUGACGGAGACACCCAAUCAGUGAAGUGAAAAUUCACUGUUGAUUUUGUGCCAUAGUUUAUCAAGCUUCCACAAACACUAGGAGUUGCAAAGCCUGGCUUCUGCCGAUAUUUGUCUUAUACAGUGUGCAUGACCGAUCGCAGCACAGAUUUUGAAGCACAGUGAUCCUUCUGAUGCCUUAAUGCUUUUUUCUAAAGAUCUGGAUCAACACAUAACUGGACAGUAGCAAUUUUAAUCCUAUUUAUAUGAUUUUUAAUGAAUCAUAUAAAGCCUUUAUAUCAAUAAAUUAGAAGCAUUUGUAUGAUGAACAGAAGAUUUAUAUAUCAGCAUUAAAUUGUAUUAUUCUUAAGUCAGUUUCUGUAUGUUUUUAGUAUCUGUAUGGAGUUGUUUGGUUUCUUUUUUUGUCUUAUGGAUUUGAAGAGCUUAAGUGCCUGACUCAUUUUCAUUUUCAAGAUUGGCUUAAUACAUUUUGGAUAGAAUUGCUGUUUAGCUCUGUAAUUUUUAUUUUGGGUGAUCGUCGGCCAAUCAGUUUAUCGGCAAUAUUUGCCCAUUCUUUGUAUAUUAUCCUCCAGCUUUGAGCCUCAUUGACAAAUGUUGCAGAAGACAUGUACAAGUGGCUGGGAAGCUUGAAACAGCGCCUUCUGGUGGCGUAGAGUGUGAAGUAUUAUAUUAUAAGGCCUGUGCAUCAGAGAGAAGAGUGCUUCUGAGAGUCACGCAUUAUGUAUUUAAUGUCAGUGUGAUUCAGAGUACAUUUGAUGUAUCUUUAAAGUGUGAUUUGCCUUCUUGGUUUUCCCCCUAGGAUUCAUUUUGAUUUCAACACUGGUGAUCACACUAAAAAUUCAACACUUUUUUUUUUCUUUUUAUCCGGUAGAUAUCGGUUCUAAAAAGGAAUCUAAAAUGUAUCCCUUAUACUGGUUUAUGUAGAAGGGAUAUCAAUCUUCCCUAAAACAAAACAAAACAAAAAUUGUACAGUUUUACAUUAGUUGUUGCAAUUAAGUGACUUGAAUAACCCCUGAAGCCCACACAAAACUGCAUUUGAGAUUCAAUGAAUUUGAAGUCCUCUCAGUGGCAAAAUGUUUGCUAGUUUUCAUACAUUUUGAAAGCUGUGAGUCUUUGGAUUUAAAACCAAUUGAAACAUUGUAAAUGAACUGGUCUUUAUAUUUGUUGAAACACAUUUUUCUUUCUUUUGUUUUUGUGUAAUGAUGUAUGUACUUGUAAAUGUGUACGAGUGCGUGUGGGUGUGCGCAGUCAUAUGGAUAGAAAACACUGAACAUUUUAUGCAGGUAUUUAUUGAUCAGUCUAGAGUGUGUGGAUGUAAUUUUGAAAAGCCAUGUAGAAUCCAAUUUGUGCAGCGAGGAGAAUCAAAAAGAUGAAUGUUGUUCGAGAUUGUGAGGUUCUCUACAUUUUCAGACACUUUGUACAUUCAGAUGCUUUAGAUAAUUAUAUCUUUUGUGUGUCUUUUUGUUUGUCAGCUAAUGAAACCUUCUACCAGUUCAACUAUCUAUUCAUUUGAGAGCAUUGAACCAUAGAGUAUGAUUUGAUGGGUUUGACAUUAUGAUUAUAAAAAGAAUGAGUUUUGCAUGUUGAUCUAAUUUGAAUUUCUCAGUUAUUCUCGUUCUCAGGGGCUUUUCAAAAUCUGUGUAUCUGGUGUAUAAAAUGCAAGCUCUGUUCACUACACUACAUUUAAGAGCAUUUGACUGAAUUUGGUCUCAGUAUGUUUAGGCCUAAUUGUACCAAACCUUUUCUGCAAAAAUUCUGCAAAUUAUUGUAAUUAAUUCAGAUAUCAGUGACCAUGUUUGUCAGAUGCCUGUCAGAUCAAUUCAGAUGUAGAGUAGACAACUCCUUGAUUUUGCUUUUUUCACCUUGUUUUCUCAACCCUGUAAAGCGAAGAAAUCAUCCAAUCAA